AUGCCUACACAUACACAGUCCCAGGCAGCCAUGGAUAAUGGACAUGUUACGGGUGGUGGCUUGGAUCAGUCUAGUGUGUUCAGUAUGGUUCCACUUUCAGUUUGCAGUGAACCCUGUCCUUCAGGAUAUAGGAAAUCCUCUCGUCCAGGAGAGCCAAUCUGCUGCUUUGACUGUGUGCCCUGUUCUAUGGGAGAAAUCACAAACUAUACAGCUCAUGUGGAUGAUUGCAUGAAGUGCCCUGAAUACCUCUGGUCUGAUAGCAAGAGAGAGAAAUGUAUUCCCAAAUUUACGGACUUCCUCUCAUUUGAAGAUUCAUUGGGUUCAUCAUUAGCUGGCCUGUCUCUUGUUGGUUCCUUUGUUACGGUAUCUGUUCUUUGCAUCUUCAUAAGUUUCAAGGAUACUCCAAUAGUUAAAGCCAACAACAGGGAGCUCAGCUAUGUUCUGCUUAUUUCACUUACCCUGUGCUUUCUCUGUUCAUUGAUAUUCAUUGGACAUCCCAUGAAAAUUACCUGCCUUCUCCGACAACCAGCCUUUGGUGUUGUAUUUUCUGUUUGUAUUUCAUCUGUUCUGGCCAAAACUGUCAUUGUUAUUAUUGCCUUUAAAGCUACUAAGCCAUCCAGCAAUCUAAAGAUGUGGGUGGGGUCAAGGAAGGCACCCAGCUCCAUUGUUAUUUCCAGUUCCAUGCUACAAAUUAUUAUAUGUAUAAUCUGGUUAUCUUCUGCUACCCCUUUCCCUCAGAACAAUAUGAACUCUGUACCUGGGAAAAUAAUAAUUGAGUGUAAUGAAGGUUCUGUUAUGUUCUGUUGCAUGCUGGGAUAUCUAGGACUCUUAGCUGGUAUCUGCUUUGUUGUUGCAUUUCUUGCAAGGAAUUUACCUGAUAGGUUUAAUGAAGCUAAAUACAUUACAUUUAGCAUGAUUGUGUUUAUUAGUGUCUGGUUGUCCUUUAUCCCAGCAUACUUGAGCACCAAAGGAAAAAACAUUGUUGCUGUGGAGAUUUUUGCCAUCCUGGCUUCUACUACAGGACUGAUUAUUUGUAUAUUUAUCCCAAAAUGUUACAUUAUUCUGCUUAGACCUGACAUGAAUACAAGAGAAAUGGUAACUGGAAAAUAA